CAGGAAGAAAGUCGGUGGUCCUCCAGCUCGUUCCCCUAGACAGCCAAGGGCAAAGCGCCCACCCCUCCUACCAUCUGGUGCGUCUUUGUUCCGCUGCUGUUCAUGCUAGGGGAAAGUCCCCACGAUGCACUCCACGGCCCUCUGCCAAAGAGGAGGAAGGUUCGUCAGGAGAGUAUCUUAGCGGACUCGACACCGAGGCCGAUCAUCAUGGGGGAUGACAAGAAGGCGGCAGAGUCUGUGCUGGAGCGGCAAAAUCGUCUGCUGACCGGCCAGCUAGAAGUCAACAAGCAGAACCUGAGCAGCAUUGACGCAGAGCUUCAGGAGACCAAGAAGAAGCAGGCCAACUUUGACAAUGUGCUGAGCAGUGUCAACAGGACGUGGAAGGAGCUUAUUGAUGAUCUGGAACUUCUAUUGCUUAGAGCAAAUGGGAGUCUCAAUGGCUCCCACAUCUUUGACGCCACGGCGCACAUUGAAAAAGACGAUGACAUGGAUGGAGUGCCAGCAGAACGGAUCUUCCUGCACAAGCUUCUUCAUGCUCAUGAGAGCGACCAGAAGCCAAGUACGUCCAACGGCAGCGAUGACGAUGAAAGGCAGCAUCUUGAAGCAGCACUCCGGUCGCGCAAGGCUACUACGAAGAAAACGCUGGGCCAGGUCAUUGCAGCCAUUGACAAUGAGCGGCAGAGAAACGAAGAGUUGGCGGCUGUUCUGCGACAAAAAGUGUCCUCCGAUGAUGUUGGACAAGUCUUGCGGACUGAGGAUGAGAGGGUGCGGAAGGAGGUCAAGAGGCUGCGCUCGGACAUGGACGAGCUGCAUUUGUUGCACGACAAGCUGUCCAGAGAGAUGAAGCGCUUGCAAGAUUGUCAUGGGCGGGAUCAGGCGAAGAUCAAGCACCUAACCGAGGAACUAGAGAGGGUUCGAUCUGACCUGGACAGCUGCAGGCGGAAGCUGGUCAAGGAGGCAGCUGCCUCUGCCUCUACACCAACGACUCCCGUCCAUGCAAAUAACAACCAUCUGUCACGCACCGAAAGCAAGACGGACAGGAAAGAGCUGGACCAACUAGUGCGCCAGAAGGCAGAUUUGGAGAGCCAGUUGCAAGAAGUGGAGAGGAUCGCCCAAGGCCGCUUGGAGGAACUUCAGAGCAACCACCGGAAACAGCUCGAGCUCCAGAGGGAGUUGCAGAAUGUCAAGGCCCAUCUGGACGAUGAGAAGCUAGCGCACAAGCCGCGACCGAUCCACGAGAUGGAGAACCGGGUCAAGUCGUACUUGGAGGAGCUGAACAAUGCCCAGGCAACAAUUAAUCGUUUACUGGAGGAACGAGACAUGGCUAUCCAGCGUGAGCGGGAGACGGUCAUUCGGGCGGAGGCUGGGGAAACGGCACGGAGGGCUGUCAUUCUAGCAGACAAACGGAUAGAGGAUCUUGAGGCGAAGCUGCAGGCAACACGGAAUGAAAAGGACUCUCUGGAGAGGCGCCUGACGGAGGCCAUCCAUGGAGCAGGCCCGGAGACGGUGGCGGAGCUGCGGAUGAUGCUUGGGACCUUCCAGAGCGAGAUGCAAAUGCUCAAGGGUCAGGUGGAGCGUUUCAAGCUGUCGGCAGAAGCGGUCCCCGCGCUGAAAGCAGAGGUCCACGCGCUGGGGGUUCAGCUCAGGCAUAAGGAGGAAGAUUGCCAGCGGUUGUCAGAGACGGUGUCGGGCCAGCUGACGGAGCUGCGGGAGCUGCGGGAGCAGGUCAAGGCGCUGCGAACUACAGAGCUCGAGCUGCAGCAGUUUGUCGAGAUGUUCGAGCAGGCCGCGACGGACCCCCGGGACGCCAUCGAGGCCAAGAAGGCCGAGCGGCGGGCGAGGGUGCAGAUCAUGGAGCUCAAGCGGGAGCUGAACGAUCAUGCCGUCGAGCAGCGGGUGCGCGACGCUCGUGCAGCGCAGGAGAAGGGGCAGCAGAAGCUGGCCGCCGCGGAGGCAGAGUCGGCGCAACUCAGGAAGAAGGUGGAGAACAUGGAGAGAGAGCUUGUGGAGCUGCGAGAAAAGUUGGCAAAGAAGGACGGCGACGGGGAAGCACUGGAGUCGGAGAUCGAGACCAUUGCGAGUGCGGUGGGGGAGUUCGAGGCGCAGAGUAUGCGGUUGGAGAAGAAGCUGGCCGAGCAGAGGGCAGAGAACACAAGGAUUGCGACCGAGGGCCUGGAAGCGAAGCAGCGGCUGCUGGCUUACGUCUCGGACAAGGAGGCGACGGUGACGCAGCUGCAGCACGCCAACACUGCGCUGAACCUGCAGCAGCAGCGCGUGAGCCGGCUCGAGGAGCAGCUCCACGUGACCAACCAGCAGCUGCAAAAGGUGGCGGACGAUGCGCGGCACUACCAGAUGCAGGCCGAGGGGCUGCGCCGGCAGGCGCAGGGCAUCGACGGCGCGCUGCAGGAGACGCGAGGCGCGCUCGAGCAGGCCGAAAAGGUCAAGUCCGAGCGUGCCAUCCAGUUGGAAGCUGCUGAGAAGGAGCUGGCGGACGAGCGGUUCAAGCGGAAACGGGUGGAGGAGGAUCUAGAGCGGGAGCGCAGCAAGUGCGCGCGGCUCGCCAAGCACCAGGACCGGGGCACCGACUCGGAGGCGCUCAACCAAGAGAUCAGGACAUACCGCAGCAUGCUCAAGUGCAAGAUCUGCGACACGCGGCAAAAGAGCGUGGUCAUCACGAAAUGCUACCACACCUUCUGUCAGCAGUGCAUUACUAGUCGCAUCGAGAACAGGAUUCGGAAGUGUCCAAGCUGUCAGCUACAGUUCGGGGUCAACGACGUUCACGAAUUCUUCUUAGUGUAGACUUUCCUAGAAGAGCACCGAGAGAGCGAGAAUUGCUGAAUUAACGUUUCUUUUCCACUCGCGCUCUGGCCGCCAAUUCUCUGACAGCCUCUAACCUCUGUCUGGUGGGUUCGAUAGCUUGAAGUCGAAAGAUAGUGUAAUAUAGACGAGCUUACUUGGAAGAUUCUUGGUAUGGCUCAGGCUGUUUGCAAUGAACAGAAGGGCAUGUCUUUGGGGACGGCUUUUCUUGUUAUGCGAAAUGUGUCUGAUCCAACAC